AUGUUCGACCCAUCCUCGGCGCCCGAGGACGGCUGUCCGUUCUGCGAAAUCGCCGACCACUUCCCUCCCUACGACCCCCUAUCACCACCCUCCGACCCCGUCCCCGCAUCCACCACCACCGGUUCCGCUCGCCACGCGCCCGCCACCUUUAUCGUGCUCUCCACGCCGACCGUCGUCGCCUUCCUGGACAUCAUGCCGCUGAGCGCCGGCCACGUGCUCGUGUGCCCGCGGCGACACCGGCCCAAGCUGACGGACGCAACGCCCGGCGAGGCGCGCGCGCUCGGGGAGCAGGUCCGCGCGCUGUCGUCCGCGGUGGCCCGCGCGACGGGGGUGGACGACUGGAACGUGGUGCAGAACAACGGCGCGGCCGCCGCGCAGGUCGUCCCGCACCUGCACUACCACAUCAUACCGAGGCCGGAGAUUCGCGCGUCCGGGCGCCUCUCGUCGAGCUUCACCAUGUUUGGGCGGGGGCAGCGCGAGGAGCUUGACGAUGUCGAGGGCGAGCGGCUAGCAGCCGAGAUACGAAAGUGCGUGGCCGAGGUAUUGAGGGAGGACGUGGAAACAGAGCCCAAAGCUAAACUGUAA